CGGCUGUGGGCAGGAACCGAAGGUCAUAUAAGCUAAUUUAUAUACUGAGUCAGAUCAUUGGUCCAUCUAGCUCAGCAUUCUCUACACCAGGAUUUCAGACAGGAGUCUCUCCUAGUCCUUUCUGGAGACGCCUGGGAUUGAACCUGGGACCUUUUGCAUGCAGGACAGAUGCUCUACCGCCGAGCUACAGCCCUCCCCAACCGCUUGCCUUGCAGCCCUUUCCCCCUUCAUCGCCCCCAGUGCUGAAGUAGCGAUUUGCAGCAUAGCUGGCUUCGGACGACCCUUUCCUAGGCAGCGCUUCUCUGCCCAUAAUAGCUACGUGGGCAGGCAAAAAUUCAACAGAAGGAUCCUUAUUGACACAGGAGAACCAGCUGUCCCUGAAUAUAUUAGUUGUUUGAAACAAGCACUCAAUGAUUUCAGCAUAUCAAUCCAAGAAAUUUUGGUAACACACUGGCAUCAUGAUCACACUGGAGGAAUAUCUGAUAUUUGUAAAAACAUUCCCACUACUUCUGAAUACUGCAUAAGUAAACUUCCACGUAACCCACAUUGUGAAGAAGUAAUAGGAGAUGGAAAGCAAAUGUAUGCCUACCUGAAGGAUGGAGAAGUUUUAAAGACAGAGGGAGCUACACUGAGGGUAUUGUAUACCCCUGGACAUACAGAUGAUCAUAUGGCUUUACAUCUCUUGGAAGAAAAUGCUAUAUUUUCUGGUGACUGUAUUUUAGGAGAAGGAACAGCCGUGUUUGAAGAUCUUUAUGAUUACAUGAAAUCAUUGGAAACGUUGCUGGAAAUGAAAGCUGAUUUAAUUUACCCGGGACAUGGCCCAGUAGUCAAAGAGGCAAGAGCUAAAAUUCAAGAAUACAUUUCUCACCGAAAUGCACGUGAACAGCAAAUCUUAAAUGUCUUGAAAGAGAAUGCUGGGAAAUCACUUACAUUGGGGGAACUUGUGAAAAUUGUAUACAAGGACACACCUGAACACUUGCACAGAGCUGCAGAAAUUAACCUCACACAUCACUUGAAGAAACUAGAAAAAGAAGGAAAAGUGUCUUGUGAAAAUUCUCCUAAUUUCAGGUGGAAAAGCAGUUUAUAGAUAUGACACAAGAAUAAGUAUGAUGCUGAUGUACAUGUGCCUAUCCCACUAUAGAAGCACUGAAAUGUCAGAACAGUGAUUUUUUUUUUCUUGGCAAAAGAUAUUUUGAGUACUUCUAUACAGUAAGAAUGAAUUCAUUAAAGUUAUUUAAUUCUGUUUUUCAGCAAAAUGAAUAAGUACAAUUGUUCACAUACAAA